UCAUGAACGUGCCUCGGCCGGCUGGAGGCGAGUUCGGAUAUGACAAGGACACGUCCUUGCUCAAGGAGAUCAGGAACAGGUGUGCCCUCCGAUGACCCACCUGUGUGAGAAAAUCAUGUCCACGCUGCCUUCCUGGAGGAAGCUCAACGGGCCCAACCAGCUCAUGUCGCUGCAGCAGUUCGUGUACGACGUGCAAGACCAGCUGAACCCACUGGCCAGAGAGGGCGACCUCAGGCGCAUAGCCCAGCAGCUGCACAGUGCUGGCGAGAUCAACAUCAUGCAGAGUGAAACGGUCCAGGACGUGUUACUCCUGGACCCCCGCUGGCUCUGCACCAACGUCCUGGGGAAGCUGCUCUCCGUGGAGACCCCGCGGGCCCUGCACCACUACCGGGGCCGCUACACCGUGGAAGACGUCCAGCGCCUGGUGCCCGACAGUGACGUGGAGGAGCUGCUGCAGAUCCUCGACGCCAUGGACAUCUGCGCCCGGGACCUGAGCAGCGGGACCAUGGUGGACAUCCCUGCCCUGAUCAAGACAGACAACCUCCACCGCUCCUGGACGGAUGAGGAGGACGAGGGGAGGGUCUAUGGUGGCGUGCGCAUCGUCCCCGUGGAGUACCUCACCCCCUUCCCGUGCGGCAUCUUUCACAAGGUCCAGGUGAACCUCUGCCGAUGGAUCCACCAGCAGAGCACUGAGGGCGACGCAGACAUCCGCCUGUGGGUGAACGGCUGCAAGAUUGCCAACCGUGGGGCCGAGCUGCUGGUGCUUCUCGUCAACCACGGCCAGGGCAUUGAGGUGCAGGUGCGAGGGCUGGAGACGGAAAAGAUCAAGUGCUGCCUCCUGCUGGACUCCGUGUGCAGCACCAUGGAGAACGUCAUGGCCACCACGCUCCCGGGGCUGCUGACGGUGAAGCAUUACCUGAGCCCCCAGCAGCUGCGGGAGCACCAUGAGCCCGUCAUGAUCUACCAGCCGCGGGACUUCUUCCGGGCGCAGACCCUGAAGGAGACCUCACUGACGAACACCAUGGGUGGGUACAAGGAGAGCUUCAGCAGCAUCAUGUGCUUUGGGUGUCAUGACGUGUACUCACAGGCCAGCCUAGGGAUGGACAUCCACGCCUCAGAUCUGAACCUCCUGACCCGGAGGAAGCUAUGUCGUCUCCUGGACCCCCCCGAUCCCAUGGGAAAGGACUGGUGCCUUCUCGCCAUGAACUUGGGUCUCCCCGACCUUGUGGCGAAGUACAACACCAAUAACGGGGCUCCCAAGGAGUUCCUCCCAAGCCCGGUCCAUGCCCUGCUCCGGGAAUGGGCUUCCUACCCUGAGAGCACGGUGGGCAUCCUCAUGUCCAAACUGCGGGAGCUGGGGCGUCGGGACGCGGCGGACUUUCUACUGAAGGCGUCCUCUGUGUUCAAGAUCAACCUCGACGGCAAUGGCCAGGAGGCCUAUGACUCAAGCUGCAACAGCGGCACAUCUUAUAAUUCCAUUAGCUCCGUCGUGUCCCGGAAAGACUCCCAUGUGUGGAAUCCCGCUGUAUGACUGAUAAACAGACAACAUGUGAGUGCCUUUGCAGAAGAGGGUGUGUUUGAGACCAUCCAGGUCAGCCAGGAGCUGUCGUGAAGGAGACGCUCCCUCUCUGUCCCUUGCUGUCUGCUGAUCAUCGCCAGAGGUGCUUCACCCUGAGGUUUUUUUUUUUCCCCCAGUAAUUUUUGUGUUUCACUUGGCAAGGAAAGGGGAGGAAGGAAUCCUCUUCUAGAGUCAUUUUACGGCCAGUGUUGUUUUCAUGGAAACACAUGUCUUUGUCGCUCUUGUUUAAACGUCAAUGUGCGCGUCCACGCAGCACCUGCAGACUGUCCCCCUGCCUCAUUCCCACGCAUCUCAGGUAGAAGGUGACACAGCUGUAGGUGAGGAAGGUCUGUGGGAGAACUCAGAACACCCCUGACCCGUGAUGUGUGACAGUCCGUUGUCACUGGUGCACAGAAGGUGAUUUUCACAUUAGGUCCUGGUUCCAUAACUUCAUAUACUUGAAGUCUAAUAAGAUGAAGGAAGCCAGUUUCCUUGCAGUGAUUUUAAAUUGUGAUAGAGUAUUAAGUUGAUAUGAGGGAACGUGUCCUAAUUCUUCUGUCCUGGGAAGCAUGUAAUUUUAAUGUUACAUUACAUGUGUGUAUAUGUGUGUGUAUAUAUAUAUAUAUAUAUAUGCAGUAUGUAUAUACAUAUAUAUGAAUACAGGUAUUUUUACUUAAUCUAUACAAUGUAGUAAAAAGAUGUUGGUUUUUCUUUUCUGUUCUCUUUUUUUCUUUUCCCUUUUUUUAAUAUAAAUAAACUCUUGCUUGUUGCAUUCAA